CCAUCUUCUUCACUCUUUCGGGCUAUACCUUCUUAUUCUUCACGCCGGCUCCUCCUUCCUUUCAGCCGCUCAGUGUCGCUGCCGCCUCUCUCUGGUUCAGUGCUACCGCCGCCGUGUUCUUCUGUCUUGCCAUUGCAGUCUUCCUUUAGCGGCUUCUCUGAUUUUCUACUCUCUUGUUGUCACGUGAUGGGGGAAGUGAGGCAGAAGAAAAUGCAAGAGAAGGGGAAGAGGAGCAACAAUAGAAAAGACUCAGUAUUUCAGAAGAAGAACAAGGGCAGUGAUAAGAGGAGACAUAACAGAGGAGGUCCUCGAUUGGCACCCUCAUUGCAGAGAGAAGUCAAUCAAAUGAAGGGCGAUGAUAAUGAGGUUAGUGAUUUUGAUGAGGGAGAUACUUUUGCCGGGGAUGUUUAUGAGUAUGAAGAGGCUGUUCCUGAGGAGGAGUCCAGGAAGAACCGUCGUUACGAUACAGUUGAUAACUAUGAUUACAAGCUGCCCGAUGAUUUUAAGGAUGAGGAUGUAUUCUCCGAUGACGAAGAGAACAUUGAUGAAAGGGAUGGUAAAAGAAACUUGAUUGAAGAUUCAGAUGAUGCCGAUCCUAAAAAUGAUGAUGAUGGUAGUCAUGCUAGGAUGUUACAAAGUAUUACGGGAAUGCCUCGUGAAGCAUUUGAAGGAAAGAAGAAGAAUAAUGUUGUUAUAUCUGAGGCAUAUCAAGAGUCAGAAUAUAAUCCCAGUCGUGAUGUUUUGGAUGGUAAUGGACGCAUUAGCAUUGAAGACCUCCUUGAUCCUCUUCAAGGAAAACCUGGCUAUAGCAUGCUUAAAAAGAGAACACAUCAAACAGAGAAAAAAUCGAUGGCACUUCAAGCUCCACUUCCUAAAGCCGAUCUGCAAAGAGUGGAGAGGAAAGUGGCUUAUGAACAGUCGAAGAAAGAAGUCAGUAAGUGGGAGCCUAUAGUCAAGAAGAAUCGGGAAGCUCCUACCUUGUACUUAGGUGAAGAAGUAGAUUUAGGGUAUUCUACUGUAGGAGCAAUAGCUUCUGAAUUUGAACCUAGAACUGAAAUCGAGAAGAAAAUUGCUUCACUUGUCCAUGAUGGGCAGAUCAUGGAAGCUCACAGAAAAGAUGGUUCUAAGCUUCUUGAAUUAAACAAGGUAUCGUUUGAGGAUGAGAAGGAUCGUCAGAAUCGUAUUGCUAAAAUGCGCAGCCUUCUUUUUCGUCACGAGACGAAAGCAAAACACAUUAAAAAAAUUAAAUCGAAAACUUACCAUCGCCUGUUGAAGAAGGAUAGAGUGAAAGGGGCGUCUGCCCAUAUUGAAAUGGACCCUGAUGCUGCUAAAGAAUUAGCGAUGAAGCAAGAGUUUAAACGGGCAGAGGAGCGCAUGACUUUGAAGCAUAAAAAUAGCUCACAGUGGGCAAAGCGCAUUUUAAGUCGUGGUUUGGAUGCUCAAGAUGAAGGUACACGAGCGGCAAUAGCUGAGCAACUCCACCAGCAUGCUACUUUGACUCGUAAAAUGAACACAUUGAAAGAUAGUAGCAGUGGUAGUAGCAGUGAUGAAAGUAGUGAUGAAGAAUACUCAGAUGAUCAAACCGAGGAUAAUAACCACAGCAAGGCAUCAAAAUUGCUGGAGAGAGCAAAAGACAAGACUUUAAAAGCAUUAGAAGAUGGGGAUGAAGCUCCCAACUCAGGAUUGCUUGCUUUGCCUUUCAUGGUACGGGGGAUGAAGAAAAGGGAAGAGGCAGCUGCUGAAGAGGCAAAGCUUGCCAUCCAGGAGUUCGAAUCGCUCUCAAAGCAGCUUAAUAAUUCUGAGACGGAGAAUAUAAAGACAGAAACUACUAGUGGUAGAAGAACCUUUGGUGGAAUGAAAAAAUCUGCUCCAGAACCAAGGAAGAAGACAAAGCCAGAAUAUUAUGGUGAUACAGACGAUGAAGAUGACACUGAGACUCGAGAAGGCGUGGAGGAUGCUGGGGAUGAUAAAAAUACCAGUUUAAUUGUUGAUGAAAAUAUUGGUUCUGAUAUUCUCGGCGCAGACUCGAAAAGGCAUCAUAGUUCAGUUUUUAAAAGCUUUGAUGAAACUGUUAGAGAUCCGGGUCCAAAGACAACGUAUGAAGUUGCCAUUUUUGCAUCAGACACAUGGAAAAAGGCAAAAAAUCUUGAAAAAAAAGUGGAUUCUACAUCCACCGCCACUGCAUCUAAACCAGCUUUACAAGGUCAAGUUCCAAAGGAGACCGUGCAAGAUGUGGAUGAUCAAAGCGACUCGGACCACGAGCUCAUGGUUGAAGGGGUUUUGUCCUCGGCUAAUAAUGAGGCUUAUGAACUUCCAUCUCAAGCAGAGUUGAUUCACCAAGCUUUUGCUGGAGACAACGUAGAGGAAGAAUUUGAGAGGCAAAAAGAGGAAAUUCUUAAUGAAGAAAAUCCUGAACCUGAAAAGCCUGUUCUACUACCUGGAUGGGGCCAAUGGACUAAUGUCCAGAAGAAAAAAGGCUUACCUUCUUGGAUGCUGGAAGAACAUGACCGUGCAAACAAGAAGAGGCAGGAAAUUCUCAAGAACAGGAAGGAUGCGAAUCUCAAACAUGUUAUCAUCUCUGAGAAAUUGGAUAAAAAGGCUGAGAAACUCUAUACAAAGACACUGCCUUUUCCUUAUACGGCGAAGGAGGUAUUUGAGCAGAGCAUCCGUAUGCCUAUCGGCCCCGACUUCAACCCGACAUCUACAAUUGGAGCUCUUAAUCGUCCCGAGGUUGUGAAGAAGUCUGGAGUCAUUAUAAAACCGAUCGAGUUUAAGGAAGUUGAUACGCAACGAAAAGUCGAGGAGCACAAACAGAGUGGACAGAAACAAAAGAGAAAAAAAAGUAAAACCAACAACGGAAAAUCAGUCAAAAAGAUGAAAGCUGGGGCCUAAUAUCACAGUUGAUGUCUACUACACCUUGAAGGACAGCCAUGGUUUUUAGAGAGCAUUCAUGGCUUUCCUUAUGGCGAGGCUCGCUGCAGGCAAAGGUAAGAAGAUCUAGUUUGUAAAAGGUUUUGAUAAAUUUUGAAACGAGGCAAUCUGAUAAUAGUUAGGCUUUUAUUUAAUGUUCUAUUUGUAUGAUUUUUUGUUCAAUACAAUCAUGCUCUGUAUAAUUAUUAUCUUCUUUUUUGAUAUGAAACGUAGAUUGAAAAUUA